GCCUGGUGGCUCCCCGCCCACCGCUGCUCUCUGCUGGCUGGCUGGCUGGCUGGCUGCUGGGCGGACUGGGGCCGAUCACAUCCGACCAGUUCCGUAUUCUCUGUACCCUAGUUAUUUCCAGCCUGUAUAGACUACAGAGGACCUGGCAGUGUCAUGGUGGACAUUCCUGCUCAGCCUCGGUGUCCGUAACUCCGCAGGGCGAAGGAAAGUGAGAGGGAGGCAGCCUUUAUUAAAGGAUAACAGCUCAUCAGACGGUCAUUUGCCAGCUCCAAGAGAAUGAAGACGUCAACAGCAACAACAGCAGCAGUGUCACGAUGAAUGUACUGAGCGGGACAAGGCUGAAUAUGCAGAGGUCACUCCAGGGGUGUUAACUGGUCUUUGGAUCUGCUGUGAUUGGCAGACCUUUGGCAUCCUCCACCCCCCCGUGGCUUAAAAAUGGUGCACUGGCCGAGACAGCAAAAGAAGCGAUAUGUCUCACUCUCCUGGAAUUCUGUAAAUUUGACAAAACUGUUCAUUUGAAGUGUGAUUGGGCAGACGUGGCAAGCCUGCCUCCUUCUGCUGGAGGAAAUUCUUGAUCUCACUGGGACUGACCUGGUUAAAUAAAGGCUGAACAAGCGGGGCACUUUUCUGAAGCAAAAAUGACUAGUGCCUAGACUUUGGGUCAUGGAUGCAGUUGGAUUUUUUGCCGUUGGCCACUGAAUCAAUUUGACUGCCUCUCACUUAGCACAGUUGUGGCUAGUGAGGACCAUUUUGCACUAGCCUGGACUAACAGGAGCCAAUGUUGGUUUCCAACUUUAUGUGGGGUGAAUGGAGGGCCCUGAUACUCCAUUAGACCCCAUCCUAUUCAAAACAAACAAGAAGGCAAAAAUCGUACUAUUUCCAUAAUUUUGUAGCCAAUAUUCGCCUCUCCAAUCAACCUUUCCCUCAGUCCCAAGCUCAACAGAGGAACACUGACCCUGGGUCAGUAUCUAGCUGCAGCAUCAACAAACUUGAUACAAUAAUACAACUAUGGCUGCCACAGGAAGGAAGCACUUGGUCAGAGACUUUAACCAUUUCAUCACCUGUUACUUGUGUCGGGGUUACCUGAUCAAACCAACCACCGUCACCGAGUGCCUGCACACCUUCUGUAAGAGCUGUAUUGUGCAGCACUUUGAAGAGAGCAACGACUGUCCUAAAUGUGGCAUUCAGGUCCACGAGACCAACCCGUUGGAAAUGCUCAGGUUGGACAAUACUCUGGAGGAAAUUAUUUUCAAGCUGGUCCCAGGACUCAGAGAAAAGGAGGAACAGCAAGAAGCUGAAUUCUGGAAGAAAAACCAGCCAAAAGAAAAUGGCCAAGUUUCUCUCUUCCUCCCUGUCUUGAAAAGUGGAGGCAGUAGUGGAAUCUAUAGAGGAGACAACCUGAGAUGUCAAAGGCUUGGCUUGCCUGAUGUUGGUGGUAACGGUGGCGGUGAGGAUGAUGAUGGUGGCGGGGGUGAAGAUGAAGACUACCACAGGAGUGAUCCUCAGAUAGCCAUCUGUCUGGACUGUCUACGCAACACAGGGCAGGCCGGGGAGAACACAGUCACGGAUCUGAUGAAGAGGUUCAUCCGCUGCUCCAGUCGUGUCACCGUGGGCACCAUCAAGAAGUUUCUCAGUCUUAAGCUCAAACUGCCCAGCUCUUAUGAGCUGGACGUGCUGUGUAACGGAGAGAUCAUGGGGAGGGACCACACUCUGGAGUUCAUCUACAUGACCCGAUGGAGAUUACAUGGAGACAAUACCUAUCCCAUGGUUCUGGAAUACCGGCCACGCAUUGACUUUGGCUGAACCAAGCCUGCAAGAAGAGGACCACACAUACACACAAACACACACACACACACACACACAUAUACAUGCAGACGUACUAUACACACCGAGUAUAUAAAACAUUAAACAGCCUCUUAAAGUGAAAGUUCACCCAAGUUAUUUGUUGAAUCUGAGUGUACAGAAGAAGAAAUCAGGCAACCGAGUGAAGAAGGACGGCGCAGAUUAGAGCGAUUGAGGGAAGUCGAGUCGUGUGAUGCUGCAGGAGAAGCAGCUGGACCUCCUGAACAGGAACUGGUGGUGUUACACAUUAUGUUCACAAUGCCCAGCCAUGCCUACAGAGAUGGAGUCUCUGUGUUGCCAUGAAUGGGAUCAUGUACAGUUCUGGUUGGUGGAAUUGGCUAACAGGAUAACGGGGAGAUACAGAGAGAGCAGUUAUUUUGAUGUCUGUAUUUGGGGUGGGGGAUAGGGCCGCAUAUUUUUGUCCAAAUCCAACCCAAGACAGGAACAUAUGAUAACUCAGAACGACCCAAACCUGACAGGCAUUAUUUUUUUAUUGUGUCCGAACCCAACCCAAGCCCCAGAUUUUGCUUGUCCUCCGUGGCUAGGUUACCUUUGCCACCUGAAAUAGCUUACGUCAGGGGUGUCAAACCGGUGCCAUGGAGGGCCAAGAGGCUGCAGGUUUUCAUUCCAACCAAAAACUCCACCAGGUGGUUUCACUGA